GGAUCAAUUCUGUUGCAUCUCUAAAUGUGCAGUCCUACUUUCCAGAAUGAGGAGUCUAGCCGAAGACACUAAAGGAUGGCAGCUUUCUACGAGAGUGAGGAGUAAUGGAGAAGCGCAGGGAACAGAAAUGUCCACACGCAAGCACGGAAGACGCCAGGUUCGCUCCACGCUCAUCGCUCUUGAUCUCAUCGGGUAUGUCGACGGCACCCUCCAUGCGCCAUCGAAAGUCCUUGAAGGAGCGGCCAACCCUUGCUAUUCUAUAUGGUUCCGUCAAGAUCAAUCUAUCAUUGGAGCCUUACUUGGCAGCUGUUCCGAUCAGGUCCAGCCACUUAUCUCCACCUGUGAAACUGCGUGUGAGGCCUGGACGAAUCUUCAUGCUGCCUUUGCCAGCUCCAGCCGUGGCCGCAUCGUUUCCCUCAAAUCACAAUUAGGAAAAAACCCUAAAGGUGAUCGUUCCAUGUCUGAUUAUCUCUUUGAUAUGCAAUCCAUAGCCAAUGAACUGGCCCUGGUUCAGAGUCCGGUUUCGGAGGAAGAUCUUGUUGUUCAUGUCCUCAACCAAGUGGUUGAUGAAUAUGACUCCAUCACCUCUGCUGCCCGUGUUCGUGCCGAACCGCUUUCGUUCAAAGAACUUGGGGACAUUCUAAAGGAGCACAAAAAGAAAAUUCAGCUGUCUGAAGCCACUCGCACUUUGUCCCUCGCCACUGCUAAUUACACUCAGCAGCAGUCUGGUGGAGGUGGGAGUUCUCGCUUUGGCCCGCACGGCAAAUCGCGGGCAGUGGUUGCCAAUUCUGCUCCAUCCCGGGUCAUGAUGUUCGAGAUUAUCAUAAGCUCGCCCGCUUCCUUCGUCAACAUGGUCUUGCUCCCCCGCCUGUAGCUCACUCCACAGGGGUCUAUCCGGCU